GUCUCUGACGGAACAUAAACAUAGACGUACCUGCUCUUUACUAUCAAACCAGUAGAUGGCAGUAUAUGUCACGUUAUUGUGAUGCUACAUUGCUACACCCAACGAAGAAGAAGGUUUUCAGCGUAAAAUGUCGUUUUAACAGAGGACUGUAACAGUGAAAGGCAGACAUUGCUUGUACUGACUAACAUACACAGUUAAAUGUGUCGGGGUAUUUUUUAUACUUUUCCUGAAACAGCUUCCAUUCAAUUUUUUUUUCUAUGAAAGAAGACCAUACAUACACAUUUCCUUGGAAAUCUCAACUGUUGCUUGAGGCGGACGUCAAUUCAAGAGUAUAAGACUGCCCUCACAGAAAAACAGAGAAAUUCUCUUUGGUCUAUGUAGGAGUACUACUCUUUCGGCUGGUGCUGAUGGAGUUCCCAGAGCACAGUCAGCAGCUCCUGGCGAGCCUGCGCUCCCAGCAGCGGCAAGGCUUCCUCUGUGACUGUCUAGUGCAGGUUGGUCCUUUGCGCUUCCAAGCCCACCGUGCCGUACUGGCCUCCUGCUCCCCGUUCUUCCACAUGUUUUACUCUGAACACCCACUGGGCACCAGUGGCAGCUCCUCAGGGGCCCGAAGGGAAACAGUCGUCACCAUCAACGGUCAGAUCGUCACCCCGGCGGCCUUUGGGCUGCUACUGGAUUUCAUGUAUGAGGGGGUGCUGAAGCUUGCCGCCCACCCACCCCCGGAGGACGUACUGGCGGCGGCCAGCUUUCUGCACAUGAACGACGUGGUGCAGGUGUGCAAGAAGAGACUGCAGGGCCGUGGCCUGGCUGAAGCGGACAGCACCAGGGCUGAGGAGGUGGACGCGAAAGCUGCGUUUAAAGGACCUACAAGCGUAGUCACUGUCAGCUCUAGAGGUACUGUCGCCAGUGUGGGGACUAGUGGAAGUAGGGCACAGGAUGGUUCGCCUGGAGGGUCUUCCAAGGUGGUAGCAGUAACAAUGUCUGGACAAACGCCGGUGAGGUCACCUUACCACCAGUUUUCCUCUUUAAAGGCGGACACUCGGACGGUUAAUGUUCACAACAUUCAGGACGACAGCAGCAGUGGGACGGGCAGUCCAGAUUUAGCGGACACCACCCAGCCAGGCAUGGACUCUUUCCCUGCAGUAGGGGAAUUUGGUGCAGUCUCAGGCAGAAGAAAAGUACCAGUACGGACAGGAAAUCAGGAGUCUGCUCUCUCUAGUCCCUGCAGCACCACUGAAAUAUACUGCGGAACCAAUAGUACCCUAUCCUCCUCGUCUCUACAGCAACCUCAUCAACCCCUCAACAGCACAGAGAACCAGCCCGUCGGGUCAGCAGUGGUCACCGUGGCUCAUGCCGGAGAUGGCGGCAGACUCAGCCCUGUGCAAGACGGACACUCGGAGAGCAGCUCUGGUUCAGCACGUCGCUCGAGCCAGGGAGCUCCAGCCCUCGCUACACCUCCCCUGAAGAGUCCAGGCCUGGGCAGCGGCAACGGCACGUCCCCUCCUCACCGCCCAGAGGAUCGGGCGGAACCGGAGCCGAGGCAGGAUUUCGUGAGGGUGAGGGUGGGCAGCGCAAGCGCCCGGCCUCCGUCUCCGGAGAGGCGACGGGAAUCGGAUGAGGACGGGGUGAAGGUGAAGGUGGAGGCCAUCGUGAUUUCAGACGAAGAGUUGGAGGAAGCGGAAGGGGCGCGCGAGCGGAGUGGCACUGGAGCUCCGGAACUGUCCAGGGAGGCCAUGCAUUUUGACGACAGCAAUCCUGACAUGGAAGAAUUGGCCGGGACUCACUUCAUGGUCUCCAACCCUCUGGCGCACAUCUCUGAGCACCAGGAGCCUCUCUCCUUCCCCAUGUCGCCACAGGGUCAUAGUGCUUCCUCCUCAGACCCUGCGAGUUUUCCCGGCUCUCUCUUCCCGCAUGGGUCCCAUCACUCUGAGCACCAGGGUGUCUACUUCGAGGAAUUCCAAGACUCCCUCGGGAAUUAUGUGGAGGACGUGCCGACGUGCAGUACGUGCGGAAAGACCUUCUCCUGUGCUUACACGCUCCGGAGGCACGCCAUCGUCCACACGCGAGAGCGGCCCUUUGAGUGUCGCUACUGCUAUCGUAGUUAUACGCAGUCAGGCGAUUUGUAUCGGCAUAUUAGAAAGGCGCAUGAUCAUGACUUGCCAGCAAAACGCCAGCGGGGGGAGAACGACCCCGGGGGAGAUGAUCUGACCCAGCCUCCACCGCAGACGUAACGUCUACCAAAUCACUGCACAGCUGUCCACAAGACAUAGACACAAUGGAUCCCUUAAUGUUCAUGUGUGUCUGUUUUAUCUUCAGAUGAAAUGUAGUUCAAACUCUUUAUUAUGGUGUCACAAAGCAGCCUUGCUCACAUCAACAGUAGGUGUGUUUUUAGUGUAUUUGACUUGCACCCCAUUAAACAAUGACCUGAAAGCGGAGAA